AUGUCUACAGCGGAGGCUGCGGCGACGGCCCAGGCCCGGGCACCCGGCAGCACGAUCAAGUUCAGCAGCCCUCGCCAAAUCCCGGUAGUCGGGGUGGUGACGGAGGACGAGGAAGCGCAGGGUGUUUUCAAGCCUAUGGACCUAAAUUGUGUCAUCAAACUCCUCGAAGAGACUGGUAAAGAUGAUUUAGAAGAAAAACAACUUAAAUCUGUCAAGAAAAUGGUGCAGUGUUAUCAGAAUGGACUUCCCCUAAGGGAUUUAGCACAGAUAUUUAAAAUUCUGAAUCUGUGUGCAGGAAAAAUUAAAAAACAGCCCCAUUUUAUAGAACCUGCAUGUAAUAUCCUAAAAUUAUGUGGCUUGCCAUUUUUGAAAAAGAAAGUAUCGGAUGAAAUAACAUAUGCUGAAGAUACUGCUAAUUCAAUUGCACUUCUGGGUGACUUGAUGAUAAUACCAAGUUCUGAAUUGAGGAUACAAAUUUGUAAGUGUAUUAUUGACUUUUAUCAUGCAAAACCACCAAAGCAGCAUAUUACAGGUUACCAGCAGGCUGGUUCAUCAUAUAAGAUUAAAAUGGCUGAAGUUGGAGGAUUGGCAAAAACAAUGGUCCAGUCAUUGGUGUUGUUUGAAAAUCAACUUGUUGAGAAACUUUGGUUACUUAAAACUCUACAACAUCUCUCAGCUUCUGAAGUUAAUUGUACUUUAAUGGUGAAAGCACAAGCAGCCAGUGGAAUCUGUGCUCACCUCAAUGACCCAGAUCCCUCUGGACAGCUUCUAUUUCGUUCAUCCGAAAUACUUUGGAACUUAUUGGAAAAAUCUUCAAAAGAAGAAAUCAUACAACAGCUUAGUAACUUGGAAUGUUUGCUGGCUUUGAAGAAAGUAUUUAAAAAUCUGUUUACAAGAGGUCUUAGUCAUUAUGAUCGUCAGCUUAGAAAUGACAUAUUAGUGAUCACAACAAUUAUAUCUCAAAAUCCUGGAGCACCAAUGAUUGAGUGUGGCUUUACCAGGGAUUUGAUAUUAUUUGCAACAUUUAAUGAAGUUAAAAGCCAAAAUCCUUUGGUGAAAGGUCUUAAGUUUUCUAAUUCCUAUGAAGAUUUUGAGUUGAAGAAAUUGCUAUUCAAUAUAAUUGUGACCUUUUGUAAAGAUUUAUCUACUAUACAGCUAUUAAUUGAUGGUAAAGUUAUUUUGGCUUUGUUUACCUAUGUUAAAAAGCCUGAGAAACACAAAAUAGUUGAAUGGUCUGCAGCACAGUAUGAAGAAUUACAACUGCACGCAAUUGCCACUUUGUCAUCAGUGGCUCCUUUUUUAAUAGACGAGUACAUGUUGUAUCAGGGAAAUGCUCACGUCCUUGCAUUUUUAGAAUGGUGUGACAGUGAAGAUUCCUUCUUUAGUCAUGGGAACAGUUUUCAUGGUACAGGUGGCCGUGGAAACAAGUUUGCCCAGAUGCGUUACAGUUUAAGACUCUUGAGAGCCAUGGUCUACCUUGAGCAUGAGACCAUACACAAGGAUCUUUGUGAAAAGAGAGCAAUUCAGCAACUGAUAGGAAUCUUUAAAAAUAUAAUAAGCAAGUAUAAUGAUAAGGAAGAGGCCAUUCUUUUGGAAAUUGAAUCUGAUAUUUUACUUAUUUUAUCUGGUCUUUGUGAACAUCAUAUUCCUAGGAAGGAAAUUUUUGGAACUGAAGGAGUGGAUAUAAUUCUUCAUGUAAUGAAAACAGACCCCAAGAAGUUACAGAGUGGAUUAGGCUAUAAUGUACUUCUUUUUAGUACAUUGGACAGCAUUUGGUGCUGCAUUUUGGGAUGUUACCCCUCAGAGGAUUACUUUCUUGAAAAGGAAGGCAUUUUUCUCCUUUUGGAUUUAAUGGCAUUGAACCAAAAAAAAUUCUGUAAUCUAAUACUUGGAAUAAUGGUUGAAUUUUGUGAUAAUCCCAAAACUGUGGCUUAUGUCAAUGCUUGGCGAGGGAAGAAGGAUCAAACAGCUGCUAGUCUUUUAAUUAAAUUGUGGAGAAAGGAAGAGAAAGAACUAGGAGUAAAACGUGAUAAACAUGGGAAGAUCGUUGAUACAAAGAAACCUCUAUUUACUAGUUUUCAAGAAGAGCAAAAAAUCACACCACUGCCUGCUAACUGCCCAACCAUUGCAGUUAUGGAUGUUGCUGAGAAUAUCAGAGCAAAAAUUUAUGCUGUGUUGGGCAAACUAGAUUUUGAAAAUUUACCUGGCUUAUCUGCUGAAGAUUUUGUUACCCUCUGUAUCAUACAUAGAUACCUUGAUUUUAAAAUUGGAGAAAUAUGGAAUGAAAUAUAUGAAGAAAUAAAAUUAGAAAAGUUAAGACCAGUCACUACAGACAAAAAAAUUUUGGAAUCUAUUAUAACAGCAUCAGAAAAUAUUGGAAAGAUGGUUGCUUCUCUGCAAAGCGAGAUGAUUGAAAGCCAAGCAUGCCAAGAUGUGCAAAAUGAACAAAAAGUAUAUACAAAAGUACAAGCCACACACAAGCAAAGAGAAUUGGCUAAUAAAUCAUGGGAAAAUUUCUUGGCUAGAACAUCAAAUGUUAAAACUUUAAAGAAAGCAAAAAGACUUCAAGAGAAAGGUAUAGAAUCCUCUAGAUACAGUGAGCAUCCACCAAAUGCAGUAUUUCACCCGACAGAUAUUAAAGGCCUUCACACAACAGUGCCCUCUGGUGAUGUAGUAACAGUGGAAAGCACUCCUGCCCGAUUAGUGGGAGGACCUCUGGCUGAUACAGAUAUUGCUCUUAAAAAACUUCCUAUUCGAGGAGGAGCCUUACAGAGAGUAAAAGCAGUAAAAACUGUGAAUGAGCCAGAGAAGAGCGUUCCCGCAUAAAAUACUCUGGAGACUUUUUGAAAUAAAUUCUGCUUAUAAUUUUUUAGUUAAAUAUCUGUAUAUAUAAAUGUAAAGCAAAUAUUUUAGAAUAAAUAUCUUAGUAAAAUACUAUUAAA